AUGAGCAUGAACUUUCAAGCAAAGGGUGGCAAACUAUCUAGCUUAAAUUUGAAGUUCAGUAAGGAAAAAUCGGCAGUCUUUACUUUUAAUAAUAACUAAGUCAGUGAGCACGGAAUAUAGGAUGUCACACUGCAAAUAGUGGAUAAAUACAAAUAUCUUGGCGUACGGAUAUGCAACGGAGAUGAGUAUCUAAGGGAGCACGAAAAAUACGUGGCGACUAAAGGUAACAGGAAUGCAGCUGUAAUGAAAAAUAGGGCGCUGUGGUACUGCAAUAGGUAUGGUGUUGGGAGAGGGAUCUGGAAAGGGCUCAUGGUUCCUGGUCUCAAGUUCGGCAAUGCGGUCUUGUGUAUGAGAUCAGAGGUUCAAGCAAGAUUGGAAGUUAAGCAACGUGGCACAGGCAGGCUGGCUUUGGGAGCACACGGGAAUGCACCAAAUCAGAGGGGAGAAGGUGACAUGGGAUGGACACCAUUUGAGGGCAGGGGGGCUAGCAGCAAGAUAAAAUUUGAGGUGCGAUUGAGCGAAAUGGGGAAAGAGUGUUGGGCUAGGAAAGCUUUCAGCUACUUGUACAUGAGGGAUGCCGAGACAAAAUGGAGAAAGCGAACCAGAAAAUUGACAAGUAAAUACUUAGAAGACGACAGGAGACCGAAGCAAAGGGAACUCUCGGUUAAGAAGAAGGUGAAAGAUACGGAGAGGUACAUGUGGAAAAUAGGGAUGAGUACGGAAUCAACACUGGAGACCUACCGAACUUCAAAGGAGAAAAUUACCAAGGAAAAGAUCUAUGAUAAUACUUGGGGUAGUUCUCUGCUGUUUAAGGUAAGGACGGGAGUAUUGCGGGCCAAGACGCACCAAGCCAAAUACGAAGGAAUAGACACGUUAUGUAGUGCGUGUGGAGAGGAGGAAGAAACGGCUGAACACUUGAUACUGGUCUGUAAAGGGCUUCACCCUAUUGUUCAAGAAAAUGGGAGAGAAUUGUUCAGAGCAUUGGGGUUUAGGGCCAGUGAAGGUAAAAGUGACUUUAAGCGGGUAGAAAUAACCAGGAGGAGGUUAUCUGAUCGGUUAACAGGUAGCGAUGGUUCCCGCAUGGAGAAAGUGAACCAACAGUGUCGACGUGUAGGUGGCUGA